ACCCUGUGCUUCAUUUCCUCUCGUUUUCCGAUUCUUGCUCUUCUUCCAACCCUUCUCACACCUCAUCUGUUCCCAGAUUCUCGCAUUUCCUCUGCUCUAUCAUCUCAAUAUUCCUUCUGGUAUUCCUCCUCCUUCACUCUGUUAUUUUAAUCCUCUCACCCCUUUACGACACCUCCUUUUCCUCCUCUUCCUGCUUCUCAUAUUCCUCCUCCUCCUUCUUUCCCUGCCACUUCCAAUCCCUCUUCUCCUCUUUCUCAAAUGGCACCCUUUUUGUUACUCCUCCUUUCUUUUCAUUUGCUUUCCAUUAUCUUUCACUUUUCUUUUUCUUGUCCUCUUUCUCCCUCUUCUAGUACUUUUCUUUCUUUCCCCCUCACUUUUUGUCUUUCUUAGACUCCGUCUUUCCUCCGCAUUUCUUCUUUACAAACUCAUUCACUUUCUUCAUCUUCUAUCCUCUAGUCAUCUUCUUGUUACCAUCACCUUUUCUAAUUCCCUCCCUUCUCAUUUUCACCUUCUCCUAUUCCUUCUUCUCUUUUUCUUCUUCCUCUUCAUUCACUAAUGUACAUCUUGUUUUUUCUCUUCCUCUUGCUCCUUAUACUUUUUUUCUUUGCCCUCUUUCUCCCCAACUCCAUCAGGCUUCUCCUCCUUUUUAUUCUCACUCGCUCCUUCCUUUCAUUUGUUUACUUUCUUCGUACCUUCCUCUUCACCUUUCUACCUUGUUUUUUUUUGCUCUCCUCUUAUCCCUUGUAUUCCUUUCCACCUCGUUAUUUUUUAACUCCUUCUCCUUAACUCUUUCUCUUUCUUACUUGUUUCUCCUCCACCUCUCCUCUGUAUCUUCUUUUCCAUUUCCUCAUUCUUCGUAUUUCCUUACUCUCUCCUCCUCUUUCUUUUCCUCUUGUUCAUUUUCACAUCUCCUUCCACCUUACUCCUUAUUAUCCUGCUAUUUUUUCCCCUUCUCUUCCCUCCUUUCACACUUCUUAUCUUCUGCCUCACUUUCCCCUUCCUUUACAGUCCUUCUCUCACUGCUCCUCUUCUCCUUACUCUCUCCUCUCUACUUUCUUUUCUUACUUUUCUCAUCAUUGCUCCUUUCUUUCUUCCUUCCUUCUCAUUCACCUCCUUCUUCUCUUCCUUAUUCUAUUCCUUCCUCUUCCUCGACUUUCUCCAACCGGUCUUCCUCUUCCUCAUCUCUUUUCCCUCCUUCUCCUCCUCCUCUUCCUCCUUCCUUUUUCGGGAUGUACCGUGUUAUUUAUUACUCGCAGACAGGAGCAUUGCCUGGAAAGGAAGUGGCACUUCAUACGCACAAGCAGUUGGCACAGAAACAGAAUGCUCCCCUCCCCUCCCCUCUCCUCUCCUCCACCAGCUACUCUCCCUUUUUCCUUUCUCCCACCCUCCCUCUCUCUCUCUCUAUUUCGCUCUCUCUUUAUUUCUAUGACAUGCUCGUGCAGCCAUCAAUGAAAUCACAACCGAGGAGCAGCAGGUUUGUAGUAUAUCUAUAAACACUGCCAUCUAGCUCUCUCUCUCUCUCUCUCUCUCUCUCUCUCUCUUUUUCUCUCUUACGCAAACAUACACCCUUCUAUCUUCCCUCCCUUCUGAUUUCAUUCCAUUUGCAUUCUCUUCUCUCUUUCCAUCAAUUCUUCUCCUUUCUCUGUUUUUUUCUCUCUCAUUAUUUAAUUCCGUACAUUCUCCCUUCCUCUCCUUCCUAUCCUUGCCUGACUCCUCCCUCAGCUUGCACGCCCUUUCUCAAACACACACACACACACAGAGCACAGUUCAUGCGUGCGCACACACGCGCCCUCCUCCCCCCAUCUCUGCAGUGUCUCUCAACCGCCUCGGAGCUAACAAGAGAGGAAACGACACACCGACUGUAACAAGAAGGGGGACGGAAAAAAAGACGAACGCUUCAUCAAGGCGUGUGUGUGUGUGUGUGUGUGUGUGUGAGAGUGCCAGGGGGAGCGAGAGGGACUGUGAGAUACACACAGAUGUGAGGAUGUUUGAGAUUCACAGGAAGGCUCGUGCACUCCCUGUCUGUCUCUGAAGGAUCAUCUGCGGUGGUACCGAAUGGACAAACGGAACCCAUGCCUUUGGCUGCGUGAGAAGUGUUGGCUUAUGCAACGAGGAAACAGUGGGACAAUCUGGUGCCCAGAAGUCUGAAAAGUGUGUAGAUGUGUGUACAAAGGAUGAGGUCUGACCAGCACUAGGAGAAAAGACAUUUACAAAGUGAAUUGAAGAUCAGAUGAUCGUGCCUGGUGGAAUACCGAGGAUCACUGGCUUUAUAACACGUGGGUGGACGUAGAGGUGCUUUAGCUAGAGCUACACUCUUUCCUUCAACACUGACAGACUCAAUUCACCGGUCGCUUUCUGGGGGGGUGUCCCCUGGUAUAACCCCCCAAGUUGACUGGAUACAAAAAAAAAGGAAACCAAGUUAGUGAACCAGGCUUGGACGUGGUCUUCUUUUUAGAAUGUUCUGGUGGCAAGAAAUGACAGUUUUGUAAUAGAUCACAAAAACAAACAAAAAAAACAACAACGCACAAACUGUUGGACUAGGACCAUCAAGUAUCCUAAGUAAUACUUGACAAGUUAUUAGUCCUGCCUCUUCUCUUCGGCACCAUCUUGAUUUCCUUGAUUUACACUUCUCUCCCAACCUCACCUCGGGCCGCGUGUUGUCAAACUUUUGCUUUGUGUUUGCGGCCUGUACUUUCUCCGUGUUGUGGAGUGUGUUUCUGACCAUGGGGUGUCGGCAGAGUUCGGAGGAAAAAGAGGCAGCCAGGCGCUCGAGGCGCAUUGACCGGCACCUUCGCUCGGAGAGCCAGCGACAGCGACGCGAGAUCAAACUUCUUCUCCUUGGUACCAGCAACUCAGGCAAGAGCACCAUUGUCAAGCAAAUGAAAAUCAUCCACAGUGGUGGGUUCAACCUCGAAGCUUGCAAGGAAUACAAACCGUUGAUCCUUUACAAUGCCAUCGAUUCGCUCACGCGCAUCAUCCGAGCUCUCGCCACGCUCAAGAUUGACUUCCACAACCCUGACCGGGCUUAUGACGCUGUCCAACUUUUCGCCCUCACGGGUCCUGCUGAGAGCAAAGGGGAGAUCACGCCUGAGCUUCUGGGCGUGAUGAAACGAUUGUGGGGCGAUUCAGGAGUCCAAGAGUGUUUCCAGCGCUCCAACGAGUAUCACCUUGAGGACAACACUGCCUACUACCUGAAUGACCUGGACAGAAUCUCAGCACCCGAGUACAUCCCGACUGUGGAGGACAUCUUGCGUUCCCGUGACAUGACCACCGGCAUCGUGGAAAACAAGUUUACCUUUAAAGAGCUCACCUUUAAGAUGGUAGAUGUGGGUGGGCAGCGCUCAGAAAGAAAGAAGUGGAUCCACUGCUUCGAGGGCGUAACUGCUAUUAUAUUCUGCGUAGAGCUUAGUGGCUACGACCUCAAGCUUUAUGAAGACAACCAGACGAGUCGCAUGGCAGAGAGUUUGCGUCUGUUCGACUCCAUCUGCAAUAACAACUGGUUCACCAACACUUCGCUCAUCCUCUUCCUCAACAAGAAGGACCUGCUGGCGGAGAAGAUCAAGCGCAUUCCGCUGACCGUCUGCUUUGCCGACUACAAGGGCCAGAACACCUACGAGGAAGCGGCCGUGUACGUGCAGCGCCAGUUUGAGGACCUGAACCGCAACAAAGAGACAAAGGAGAUCUACUCACACUUCACCUGCGCCACCGACACCAGCAACAUCCAGUUCGUGUUCGAUGCUGUCACGGACGUGAUUAUCCAGAAUAACCUUAAGUACAUCGGUCUGUGCUAGGACCAGGGGAUGGGGUUGGGUGGAUGGGGAGGGGAGAGAGAGACAGUAUCUAUAUACAGUAUGUGGCCUCCCUCAAUUGAUUGUUAUAGUGCCAUGGAACCAUGAUGAGAAUGGGGACAGGAUAGGUGUUGCCACCUUGCUCAAAUUAUUACCCAUGAAAAGUUAAUAGUUAAGAAUUUUGCAACCUUGGUACACAUGUGUUUGCACUGAAUUCAUGAAAACACACACACAUUUGUUUUUGUUUACUCACAGAAAACUUGGAAUCUAUUGUCAAUUUCCUGUUUGAUAUGGAAACACUGGUAACUUAACAAGACCGUCACCCCAAAACAAUUUCUUUCUGGCUUUCCAAACCUUUCAGACCUCACCGUCCUCACAGUUCUGUUUUUUUUUUUGUCCUUUUAGGUAGGCUGAUUGUAGGCUGUUUGGGUUGAAUCGAGUAAUGCUUCUUUGGAAUAUGGUUUUUACCAAGUCUUUGAAAGUGUUCCUUUUUUAAAUAGAGCAUGCACAACCUACAGUUCUGUGUAAAAACCUUGAGCCCCACCCCCUCAACUCAUGUCUUCAUGUUUUGCUUCGAAAGAGCCAGACUUUCUUGUAGACAUCUUGAGGGAUAGUUCUCCAGGCUUUUUCUGAAGGACUUUUUCCGUCUCUCGUUAUUUUUAGGCCAGUCCCUGUACCUGCGCAGUUUCAGAGGAAGGUUUUGAGUUUGUUAAGCUCCACAGUGAUCUAUGAAUCAUUCAAGCAUUUCAAAAACUUAAUGCAUGAACCAGUGAGAAACAGUUGUAGGUGAUGACAGGUGAUCAGAAGGGUGAUUAGUAUACUGUACUGCCGAUGCGGAAUGCUGAGCUGUUGGAACAGAUGAGAGGGGAAAUGAGGUCGCUGCUGAGGAACAACCAGUUUUUUUAAUUGUAUCUUUAGGCAACUUUUUAUAGCCUUUCGCAGUGAAAGACAUAUUUUUAUUUCUUACAAUUAAUCUACAUCUUUUCAUUUAAUUUAAAAUGAUGAAAUAAGGGGUGGGGGGGGGGGGUGCUCGGGGGCUCUAGACUUUUGCACAGGACUGUUCCCAAGUGAGGUGACAAAAGUGAAGAGAAAUUAUCAGUAAAAAAAUUUCCAUUUGUUUCCUUCCAAAGAUGAAAACUGCCAAUGUAAAACGCUCACAUAAUGCAGCUUUAUACGUUAACACUCACACCACACAACACAAAAUGCUGUUUUGGUUUUCAUAAAUUUUUUUGUUUGUGGUUUGUAAUUUGAUUCCUCUUUAAGCGAAAAUGUCUGAUUUUCCAAGAGUGUUACGUCUAAGUUGAGUAUUAAGUGUUUCGUAAAUAUCAUUCCACCUUUAAAAAGAGACAUAAAUAGUGCCAAUGUAAAGUUAAAGAAAUGACAGACCCAUCCCAAAACCAUUUCGGUUUUUACUUAAAAAUGUCAAAAAAGUUCAAAUAUGCAUGAUUUUGUUACUUUGUAAUUUUGAUAAAUUAUAGUUUGAAUUGUUUACUUAUAUUUUUUAUUUUACAAAUAUACUCCCAUAUAUAUAUUUAAAAAAGAAUAUAUAUAUAUAUAUAUAUAUAUAUAUAUAUAUAUAUAUAUAUAUAUAUAUAUAUAUAUCAAAAUCAAAAACACUGUGUACAUGUGUACAGCUGUUUUUCAAGAGGUAUUUAUUGUAAAGAGGACUAUAAGCAGAGACGGUAACUUGGAUCUGGUUCAUACGGGAUCCAAUGAGUGACUAUUAGUAAAUGAUACACUGUCAAUUGCAACAGGAAAAAAAUUAAUACAAACAAAAAGAAAAAACAAAAUGAAACCAAAAAAGGAUUUUACAAAAAGUAUAUGACCAAAAAAAAAAAAAAGAAAAAAAAAGUGAGAGAGUCUUAUAUAUGGAAACCUUCCUCUUCGUUCUGCCGUCAUUUUGAGUGGACGUUGUUUCUCGGUAUGGUGUGUAAAUAGUAUGUGAGGUGCAUUGUUUGUGAGAAAAAAAAGAAAAUAAUCCUACAUUUGUAGGCGUGAUCGGCGGAAAAACAGGACCACGCGCCUUUUCUUCUCCACUUCUUCUUCUUCUUCUUCUUCUCCUCUUCAGCUACGAUGAUGUGCAACCAUCCCAUGCUAAGGGCUUGAGGCUUGACUUUACACGAUGUCCACUGAAAACAAACAGACCAAUAUUUAAAUCAAAGUAUAAAAGAACAACAAUAAAUAAUUAAAAAAAAUGAUUAUGCAAAUGUC